CAAAACAAUGUGCGUUUAAGACAUGCUUAAAUUUUUUAUUGCACAUUAUGAUAUAAUAUCAUUUUUGUAUUUUUAAGUUAAAAUAAAAAAGGUCAUAUAUUAAAAUUAAAACCGGGUUCUUAAGUUAUUAUAUAAGUGUCAUAAACGCUCUCAAAAAAGUAUCUCUUUUCAUCCACCAUGACUGAAGAAGAUAAUAAUGAGUCAGAAAACACUAAAUACAAGGAUGGUGUUAACCGAAAUGCUAGGCUUAUUAUAAGAAAUAUCUCGUUUAAGGCCACAGAAGAAAGUUUGCGAGAACAUUUUGCAAAAUAUGGCACAGUGGAAGAGGUUAAGCUUCUUAAAAAGGCAGAUGGGAAGCUCGUUGGAUGCGCAUUUGUCCAUUUUACACACGUCCCUAUGGCGAAUAAAGCAAUAGCUGCUACAAAUAAAAAACCUUUUCUAGGUCGACCGAUAUAUGUCUCUUGGGCUGUACCAAAACAUCAAUAUAACGGGGAGCAAAAUGGAAGUCCAACCAAAAAGAGACAAACAAGUGGCUCCUCAGAUGAUGUAAAGGUGGAAGUAAAAGACGAAGAUACAGCUGACAAUCAAAAGCCAAGUGAAGAUAAGAAUAAAAUGAGAGUAAAUCGCAAUGCCCGUCUCAUAAUUCGUAAUGUGUCUUUCAAAGCUACCGAGGAGUCAUUGAAAGAGCAUUUUGAACCUUAUGGAAACAUAUUAGAAGUUAAAUUACUGAAGAAGCCCGAUGGAAAGCUCGUUGGCUGUGCUUUUGUUCAUUUUAAGAAUGUACCGAUGGCUAAAAAGGCAUUAUUGAAUACAAACAUGAAACCAUUUUUAGGCCGUCCUAUAUCUGUGGAUUGGGCGGUACCUAAGGACAAGUACAUGCAGCAUGUGGUCAACAAACAGCUGGAGAUGCAGGACGAUGUGAAGAAGGAGGAAUCUGAUAGUGAUGAUGAACUCAUGGAUACAUCUACUGAAGUGAAGCAGGAGGUUAAGAGUGAAUCUGAUAGCUCGGAUGAAAAUGAUGGUGAAGAAUCUGAGGCUGAUGAAGAAGAAAAGGAGUCAGAUGAUGAUGAGGAUGAUGAAGACGAUGAGAAUGAUGAAGAUGAUGAUGACGAGGACGAUGAAGAUGGUGAAGUUGACGAAGAUCAAGAUGAUGAUGACGAUGAUGAGAAAAAAGACAUUAAACCAACAUUCCAACGUACGAAGUUGAAUGACGCGGAGGACGGUUGCACGGUGUUCAUAACGAACAUACCGUUCAUGGUCGCCGACGACCAGCUCAAGACCUUCGCCGAGAACACGGGACCCGUCAAGUAUGCACUCAUAUGUGUGGACAAACUGACAGAACAUUCUAAAGGAUCCGGAUUUGUCAAGUUCGCUAACAAAGAAGAUGCAGAGAAAUUUCUCUCCCUUCCGCCAGAACAGCUCCGCCUGGAGGGACAGGUCUUAGGAGUGAAACCGGCCCUUAAGAAGGAGAACCUGCAACAAGGAAACAAAAAACAGCCCAAAGAUAACAGGAACCUGUACCUAGUCAAAGAAGGAGUUGUGGCGGCCGGUACCCGGGCGGCCGUCGGCGUGUCCCAGUCCGACAUGGCUAAGAGACUUGCCCUCGAACGCAGCAAGACUCAAAUGUUGAAGAAUUUGAACAGAUUCGUCUCCCGCUACCGUCUGGUGGUAUCCAACCUGACCCCCAACAUCACGGACCAGGCGCUCCGCCGGCUGGUGUUGAAGGCGUCCCCGGCGCGCUCCGUCGUCACUGAGGCGAGGGUCAUGCGCGAUCUUAGAGCUCCCGUGGGCAGAGACGGGAGACAUCCGUCAAAAGGUUACGGGUUCGUGAUGUUUACUCGACACGAGGAUGCUCUGGCUUGUCUCCGGAAGUUGAAUAACAACCCCGACAUAUUCGACACGCAUAAUAGACCUAUCGUGUCUUUCUCUAUAGAAGACCGCACGGCGUUGAACGCAAGGAAGAAGAGAUUGGAGAAAUCGAUAGCUAACAAUCCACUGGCGAAGAAAGAUGAUCAAGAUAACACAAAGAAGGGACGAAGAAAUAGAAAAAGAAAAAUGACCAGCGCUCCAGACGAGAGUUACAUGAAGAAGAGGAGAGUCGAGAACGGAGAGAAGGGAGCCGAGAGUGACUACACGGGACUCACGGCCAAAGAAGGGAGUCAGCACAAAAUAAGAAACAUCCAUAAACUGAGAGCACAAGCCGACAUGCACAAACAGAACGUGAAGAUAGAAAAGAAGAAAAACAAGAAGGCGCACAAGAUAAAGAUGGCGCGCGAGAGGAUAAAACAACCGAAACAGAAGAUUAAUAAGAACAAGACCGGCAAGAGGAACAAGAAGCGAAACUCUAGCUUUGAAAUACGAUAGCGAAGGUGAAUUAAACAAAGAUGCCCAUAUAUGAA